GAGCUCUUUUGGAAAUAAGGAGGAAAAAAUAAACAUUACGAAUUUCAAUCCUAUCGACUUGUUAAUUGUUCUUUUAAGGCCCGGUUUGAACUUUUUAAAUAAUAGAAUUGUGACAAACGAAACACUCCUCUUUUUGUUGACUCGUUGUAGUGCUUGUCACAUUGUUGCCAUGGUAACGAUACAGUUGGCUACUUGACGAUAUACAAGUGUGCUGGUUUAUGUAUUUUGAGAAGAAAAGGCGAUAGAAAGUCAAUCUUAUAAUGGAGUUCAUCGGAAGCACUUACAAAGGAGACAUACAAAAUGGCAGGAUGGAUGGAAAAGGAGAGUACACCUUUGCAACAGACUCCAAGUAUGAGGGAGAGAUGAAAGAUGGGAUGUUCCAUGGCAAAGGAGUGCUACACUUUCCAAAUGGGAGUAAAUAUGAGGCCACCUGGGAAAACGGCAUAGCUAAACAGGGGUCAUUUACCUUCGCUGAUGGCCUGCAGUAUCAGGAGAAGGACUGGGACUACUGCGAUGGGUACGACAGACGCUUCUACACUGAGAGGUGCAAUGGACUCAGACCCGCAGGAAAAUCUCAGCUAACUGAUCUUCAUCCACCACGCAUUAUUACUGAUGGAUGCUACGAUUGUGGAGAUGGUUUUUAUGAUCCCAAGACCAGAGUUGUUACUUCCUACACUGGCAGAUUCCUCAGAAAUGCAGAUGACUCCGAGCAUGAGUGGAUUCUGCGGACUUGUCGGAAAGCUUGGGAUGAGGUUGCCAGUGUUGAUCCUGAAAAGUCUGUCGCUUACAUUUCUGAAGAGAUCAGAAACUUGAUCUAAUAACUAACAUCUCAUGUUUUGUUUUUUUUGUAUCUUGUAAUAUAAAUCUGACAAAUAAAGUUUUUCUUUUUGUAUUUAUAUUUAUAUGUUCUUGUGUUUAUUUCGAUUUUGUGUGAUUUGGAUCCCAAAUC